AUGCCCACCGUGCCGCCCUCCUUCCUCUCCCUCGACGACGACGACCCGCUCUCCGGCCCCGCCCCCUUCUUCCGCCCCGCCGCCCACUUCGCCCUCCCCUCCGCCUCCGCGCCCACCCCCGACCCCGACCUCGACCACAUCGUCCUCGUCCCGCCCGACCAGCACAACGCCGUCUCCGCCGCCAGCCCCUGCCCCCCCUCCCUUUCCGCCUCCGCCUCCAUCACCCCCGCGCGCCCCCGCGACAAGCCCCGCCUCUCCCUCGCCGGCCUCGCCCUCCACUCGCCGUCCCCCAUCGUCGGCACCCCCUUCGAGCUCUCCCCGCGCUUCGAGUACCCCUUCCCCGCCUCCGCGAGCGCGCACGGAGACCCCUACCCCUACGCCGCGCCCGCCUUCGCCGCCUCCGCGUCCCUCCCCAACCUCGGCGCGCUCCCCGGCCCCCGCGCGGGCACGGACGCCAAGGGCCUCUCGCCCGCGCACCCCAAGCUCCGCGUGCGCCUGCGCGACCGCGAGCCCCCCGUCCCGCCCAGCCUCGCGCGCAAGCGCCGCGGCACGGUGCUCGUCGCGGGCACGCCAGUGCGCCGCCGCGCCCCAGAGCGAGAGGGAGAGCGCGCCCCGAGCCCCGAGCGGCGGCGGAGCGACGACACGGCCGUGGGCGAGCCCAGCGAUGGCAGCAGCGGAGAGCAGCGGGGCUGGACCGGAGACGGAGAGGAGCGCAAGCACCGUCUGGCACUGGCACGGCUGCCGGUGGAACUCAAAGUCACAGACACGAACUCGAGCCUAAAGCAGGAGGACCAGGAGGGCCUGCCACCGCCAUCCGCGCCGAUCGAGGUCAUCGACCCGUCAUCGACCAUCAUCCCGCUGUCGAUCGACACAUCGGAUCGCGCGCAUGCGCCGAAAGCGGACCCGCUGCACGUCACCGUCGCGCCCCCCGCCGAGCCGCCCCCGCCCGUCGUCGCCGUGCCUGGUUUCGGUUUCGCGUCCGGCGCGGCGGUCGUAGACGAGGGACCACCAUGAGAGGCUCGUCGGGAACCCCGCACACUCGCUGCCGUCCGACCCUCUCUCGUUGUCCCGUCCUCGACCCCCGCUUCGCCUGCCGCCGCGCGCACCUUCUCUGCCCCGCCGUCCACCGUCCACACGAGAUCGCGGCACCCACCCCGCACCUUCCCCGCUUUCUUCCUGUCUGGGGCCUCUGGUCUUUCGUUUCCUUACCUGCAGGGCGUCGUCACGUAUCACACCAUUCCGGGACCCUUCUCACCCUACCUCUCCCGCUCUCGCAUUACGCACACGCACACGCACAUACACACAUACCUAUAUCUAUACCUAUACACAUACACGCUUUCAAUCC